UCCAAUGUUAGUGACUUGGAUUUGGGAAGCCGCGGCAAAUUUAGACUCAUUUCCUGUCAGCAUAGCGAUUCAUCCGCUCGCCAGUGUUCAAGGGACGAACCAACGCGGAAGACACGUUUAGUGACUCGCUGAGAGCUCUUCAUGUCCUGGGCCUAUGCUGUGACAGCCUUGUAGUGCCGUUCAGUCUUGUUUGGACUGCAGAGACCCAAGGCUCAACCUUAGCUCUUAUAACUCCAUAAUCGUCAAGGGAUGACGCCAACACGCCGGUGCUCAACCAGGUUUUGAUUGAGGCCAGUGUUUUGAUCCAGAGAAAAAAAACUCUUGCACCUGGAGACACAAGAAGAUACCUUUCGUCAUGUUUUGUUUUCGCGCGCUUUUGAUUCUGUCUGCCUGUGUGGUGUACGGGCAGAAGAAAGAGAAGACGAAUGUGUUUACUCUCAAGCCAGUGUCAUCCAUUUAUCUCCCUCAUUAUGUGAAUGGAAAGAAAUCAUGGGGAAUCAACAAGGAUGCAGCAGUCAAAACUGCUUACGAUAUGGAUACCAAACUGGCGUACAGUGCUGGUAAACAAUGGAUCCACGUUGUCGACUUUGCGGACAUCUUCUUUCCCAAGAUCCUGGACAAGUUCGAUUCCCCUCAGCCUGUGACAGACAUCGCAGAGUGCGGGAAUUACGUAGCAUGGGCUGUGGAAGGACAAGAAAUAACGGACAGUGGAACUGUAGUACUGUACGAAAAGUUCUCAAGGGUCGAUCGAAAGUGGAAUAGAAAAUGCGACUUUGUUGUUGGAGCCAGACCAAAAAGCAUCAAAUUCACAAAGGAUUGUUCGACAAUCGUUGUUGCUAAUGAAGGUGUUGCUGCUGUAGCCGGUAAAGGAAGUGGGUCUCAGUGGGUCAAUCCUGAAGGAACAGUCAGCAUCAUUAGAUUAUAUGGAAGAAUGCACCAAAGACAAGACCAGGGAGGUAACAGAUGGGGAAAUCAAGGUCAGAAUAAUUGGGGUAAUGCUGGCGGAAGAGGUCAAUGGGGCAACAAUGGUCAAGGCGGAGGACCAAAUAAUGGUCAGCCUAACUGGAACAACAGAGGAGGCGGUGGAUGGAACAAUCAGGGUCCAAACCAAGGACCAAAUCAGGGUGGAGGCGGCUGGAACAACCAAGGCCCUAAUCAAGGACCAAAUAGACCUAGAUGGCAGGGACCAAACCAAGGACCGAAUCAGGGUGGAGGCGGCUGGAAUAAUCAAGGUCGUAAUCAAGGACCAAAUGGAGGAGGACCUGGAUGGCAGGGACCAAAUCAGGGUGGAGGUGGCUGGAACAAUCAAGGCCCCAAUCAAGGACCGAAUAGAGGAGGACCUGGAUGGAACAACCAGGGACCGAACCAGGGCCCUAAUCAAGGACCAAAUAGACCUAGAUGGCAGGGACCAAACCAAGGACCGAAUCAGGGUGGAGGCGGAUGGAACAACCAAGGCCCUAAUCAAGGACCAAAUAGAGGACCAAAUCAGGGUGGAGGCGGAUGGAAUAACCAAGGCCCUAAUCAAGGACCAAAUAGACCUAGAUGGCAGGGACCGAACCAAGGACCGAAUCAGGGUGGAGGCGGAUGGAAUAACCAAGGCCCUAAUCAAGGACCAAACAGAGGACAAGGAUGGAACAAUCAGGGUCCAAACCAAGGGCCAAACAGGGGUGGAACUGGAUGGAACAACCAGGGACCAAAUCAAGGAGGCGGCGGUCCUAACCAAGGCCCGAACACAGGAGGACCUCGAUGGAACAAUCAGGGCCCAAAUAGAGGGGGUGGUUGGAACAACCAGGGUCCUCAGUUUCCCAAUCGUGGAGGACCAAACCAAGGCCCGAACCAAGGACCAAACGCAGGAGGAACUGGAUGGAACAGAGGGCAGACCAAUGGACCUAAUACAGGAGGAAGGGGUCCACAAAAUAAUCCUGGCCAGGGCCCUUGGCUUAUACGACAUGAACUUGGUCAACUCCGCCGACAGAAACGACAGUAUCCUCCUCCUCCACAAACACCACAAUAUCAACCCCAGACACCACGAUGGCAACCACCUCAGAGACCUACCUUUCCCCAGACUCCAGCUAGGGGGCCUGGUGGAGGGCCGGGUCAAGGAGGACCAGGUCAAGGACAGUCACCAUGGAACAGACCUGGACAAAGACUGUAUCCUCAAACCCCUGGAAGGCAGAAUCCACAAGGACCACAAGGACCUCAGCAAGGCGUGACAACCAGUAGAGGCACCUGCUCUCGAGAUGGUAACUUCAAUCCGACGGUGACAACAAUGGAUUUCACUAAAUUUAAUGCAAGGACUGACUGGUUCACGUCUAAGCUAGUAAGGCAUCCCUAUACUGGUCAGAUGGGAGACAAACAACCUAAUACAUUCUCACAAGGUCUUGAACCUGAAUACGUCACCUUUGACGCAAUGGAAACCACUGCGUUUGUUAGUCUCCAGGAAAAUAACGCCAUUGCUACCGUUGACCUGUUUGCCAAUGAAAUUACAGGCAUCCAUCCACUUGGUGCUAAGCAAUGGAAAAGAUAUGACCUGGAUCCUAGUCCUGGAAAUGGACGGGGAUUCCAGAAGUACGACGUCGAAAGCUUCCGUCAACCCGACGCGAUUGAGUCGUAUACUGCUGCAAAUGGAGAGACUUAUAUCGUUACAGCGAACGAGGGCAAACAACUUGAAUACGCGUGUAAUCACUACGCCUGCCCGCCGGGUGGUGGAGAAUUCGUCGAGUUCGAGAAGGGCGAUGAGUUUCCUGAAGAUUACUGGUUGACGGCCAAGCUACUUGAAAGAGUCACCAAUGAAGAAAUGUUAGAUGCGUUCAGAUUAGGAAAUCUUGAGUUCAGCCGCAUCGACGGUCGCAGUACUGAGCAACCAUUGAAACACGACAACGUGUAUUUCUACGGUGGUCGUGGCAUCUCGGCUUACCGCGUGGACAGAGAGUCUGGCAACCUCACCCUUGCCUGGGAUAGCGGGGAUAUCAUCGAGAAAGCCACAGCUAAAUACCUACCUAGAAUACACAAUGGUAACAACAGAGUAGGAGAUCCGAGCCUUACAAUGGUCAGCACAUUUGACUCGUGGUCAGACCAACGGGGCCCCGAGUGUGAAUCCUUGGCGAUUGCGGACGUACAGGGAACCAAACUGAUAUUCGUCGGUAUUGAUCGAAUUAGUGCCAUCGCUCUCUUCAGCGUACCACCAAAUGGGAAUUUACCCAUAUUUGAAUCGAUAAACAGGGAUGGAGAUAUUGAUAAAUCUUUCUCAGAGCUUUAUAGAACAAAACGAUUUGGAGAUUCGGAUCCAGAAUCUUUAACGUUUAUUCCUCCUGAGAAGUCAACAGAUCGGAGACCAUAUUUAAUGGUAACCGGUCGCGUGAGUGGAACUAUUACCAUCUAUCAGAUAAGAGAUGAGCCAAUCUGGAUGUUACUAAAAAAUAAACCAAGUAGAGAUGUUCGCCCGAUGGGUUCACUGCCCGUUGUUCUUUUGGCUACUCUCCUCGCGAUUUUCGCUGGUUACAGAAGAUUAAAGUGAUAUUAGAUGUUAUCAAUCUAAAACUAUCGAACUAUAUAUUAGUGGAAUGGAAAUAUAUUUCAAUUCUUCAAUAUCAUGAAUAGUUAGAUGUUUUUAUUCUUGCUUUCUGGAGGAGUUAGACGCUAUUACUAAUAAGGAGGAGGACAUUUUAACCAGAAUGCAUAGAUUAUGUACUGUAAAGGAGCAGAACUAUGGCGUCACUACUGCAACAUCGUUGGGUGAACGCUGGAUGAUCGAAGGGCAGAGUGGAAAUCAGUAAGAGGAUCACGGUGGCAAUAAACUCUAAAAACAAAGGAUUUACUAUAAAUCCAGAUUGGCUGUGAAUAAUGACCAGCCGAAUAUCAGAUUUAGUUUUAAACGGUGUUUAUUUGAAUAUAAAUCUAAAAGAUUUCAAUUUAAAUCUUUUGACAUUUGAAAGUUAAUGCUAAAGAUUUAAAAUGAAUCUCACAUUCGACUGGUCACUAUUCACAGCCGAUCUCGAUUUAUCUUUGACCCUUGAUUUUUUAGAGUGGACGGAGAAUAAAGUUAAUGAUAAGCACUUUACAGUCAUGAUAAAGGAUUCACAGUAGACGACAAUCAAGUGUUGACUGGACUGUACUUGAGGACCACACAGAGGCAUUUUAAUCAUGGGCCCUUUCUUACAAAGGCUUGAUCGGAUCAACCACAACUAUGGAAAGCCACCAACGCCAACAUCUGAAAUGCAACUUUGUUCAAACCGUUUUGUAAAAAAAUUGUGCGGUGAUUGAUUUUCAUGUACUUGAGGUUGAUCGGAUCAACCGUUACUCUUUGCAAGACACUUUUAGUCUUUUGCACUCGGGUGUUGAGUUCUAUUUCUAGACUAUUUUUAACACCUCAGGGUGUGGUCCUCCAGUGUCAUCAAUUCGUGUCAGUUGUAAACAAACCAGUUUUUUAAGGCGUAUUUGGCAAAGUAGGGAGUGUGACAGGAUUCCUAGGAGGGUUUCAAAGAGUGACAAUUAUAGGUGUAUUGACGUAGAUGGCGCUAAUGUAAUAAAUUUUCCUUUUUCAACCAACUGUCAUUACAUCUAUUUCGUGGUUUAUGUAUAUCACAAAUUGCCAAAGUUAGUUUACACACUAGCAAAGCUUUAACAUACAUUGGAAACUAUCAGUUUCAGAAAAACGUAGCGAGUCUUAACUAUUUCUGUAUUACCUUUGAAGGUUUUAUACAAUGUAAAAACAAAAUGGAUUCAUCAAAUAGUGCGGGUUACUUGUGCAAUAUGUUUUUCAUCAUUUUCAUAAAUGUGCAUUACUGAUCAUACCUGUAUUACAAAAUAUUCUAUGCAACAAGAAGUUCUUUUAAAAAUUACUGAUCAUACCUGUAUUACAAAAUAUUCUAUGCAACAAGAAGUUAUUUUGAAAAUUACUAUGUAUAAAAUUAUGCUGAUAGAUUCGGCGAGUGUUAUUUUUGUAAAAAAAUGUGAUUUACACAAGUAUGUAUGCAUCCAUUUCUAUUCACUCUGCACCUCUUUCACCCCACACACUCUUUCUUUCUCUUUCUCUCUCUUUCUCCGCCUCUUCCUCUUUCUCUCCCACUCAUUCAAUCAAUAUUUCCCUAUUGUAUCAUAUGUUUUCGUUCUCUUCAUCAUCAUAUAGUCAUCUUGUUCAGAGCAUAUUAUAUAUUAUACAUGUAUAUAUUGUUCAUCAUCAUCACAUAAUGAUCUUGUCAUAAUAUGAAUAAAGAGAAUUUGUUUUUCAAAAUA